AAUGAAGCUGGCUUUAAUUUUGUAAGAAAAUGCAUUCAUGCAGUGGAAACAAGAGGUAUUACAAUCUUGGGAUUGUACCGGAUAGGGGGUGUGAACUCCAAAGUGCAGAAGCUGAUGAACACCGUCUUCUCGCCUAAAUCUCCUCCUGAUAUGGACAUUGAUUUGGAAAUUUGGGACAAUAAAACUAUAACAAGUGGGCUAAAGAACUACCUCAGGUGUCUUGCAGAGCCACUCAUGACUUUCAAGUUACACAAGGAUUUCAUCAUUGCUGUUAAGUCUGAUGACCAGAAUUACAGAGUGGAAGCCGUCCAUGCACUUGUCCACAAGUUGCCAGAGAAAAACCGGGAGAUGUUGGACAUCCUGAUAAAGCAUUUGGUCAAGGUGUCGUUACAUAGUCAGCAGAAUCUCAUGACAGUCUCCAAUCUUGGAGUUAUUUUUGGUCCCACGUUGAUGAGAGCCCAGGAGGAAACAGUGGCCGCUAUGAUGAACAUCAAGUUUCAGAAUAUUGUGGUUGAGAUUCUCAUUGAGCAUUAUGAGAAGAUAUUCCACACAGCCCCAGAUCCCAAUAUUCCUCUUGGAAAGCCUCAAUCCAGAUCAAGCUCAAGAAGGACAAGAGCAAUCUGUCUCUCCACAGGUCCUCGCAAGCCUAAAGGACGAUAUACUCCAUGUCUAGCAGAUCCAGAUAGUGAUUCAUACAGUAGCAGCCCAGACAGCACUCCAAUGGGCAGCAUAGAAUCACUGUCCUCUCACUCUUCUGAACAGAACAGCACUACCAAACCUGCAUCUUCUCAAUCCAGGGAAAAAACAGGGGUUGUUCCAUGGAUUGCGUCAUCGCCAUCAUCCAAUGGACCAAAAAAUUCUGGGCUUUGGACCACAAGUCCUGAAUCCUCCUCAAAGGAGGAUGCAGCAAAAACAGAUGUGGAAUCUGACUGUCAAAGUGUCACAUCUGUUACCGGACCAGACAAUGUGACUUCACCAGGAGACCCAGCCAAAAGAGGAUUGUAUAGUCUCUCUGGAAUGAAAAGAUCAUCAGCUUUAUCUUUAAGGUCUAUCCCUUCUGCAGAAG